CUUUUUCUCUGUUCUCUUCUUUAAAUUAAAAAAGAAAUAAAAGUCUCGAUUUUUCGUUGGAUUACGAUCAACCUCGAAGCAAACCGUGACUCUGUUUCUUCCUUUGAGACAACCUAAUUGAUCCGCCACGGCUUUACAAACUCUCUCGUGAUUGCAAAUUUCUCCUUCUCUCACAUGUGAAAUCAAUCGUCUUAAUUAGGUUUUGUUUGGGAGAAAGUGUUACUAAAAAUGGAGUGGAGGGGAAUCCUCUGCUCUCUCUUCUUUAUUAUCUCAAUGGGAGAAUCUUCAAGUAGAUUCCGGUUAAUGUGGCUUGAUAACCUCGUUGUUGAUGAUGCUGAGACUACUUUCACUUGGCCUAUCUUGAGUGCCAGUGUUUUUGUUCUUGUUGCCCUCCUUCUCCCUAUGUAUCUCAUCUUUGAGCAUCUUGCUUCUUAUAAUCAGCCUGAGGAACAGAAGUUUCUUAUUGGACUUAUUCUGAUGGUUCCUGUCUAUGCUCUGGAAUCGUUUUUGUCUUUGUUGAAUUCAGAAGCAGCUUUUAACUGCGAGGUGAUUCGGGAUUGUUAUGAGGCUUUUGCGCUCUAUUGCUUUGAGAGAUAUUUGAUUGCUUGUUUAGAUGGAGAAGAACGUACGAUUGAAUUUAUGGAACAGCAAACAGUUAUCACCCAGAGCACUCCUCUUCUUGAAGGCACAUGUACUUAUGGAGUUGUGGAACAUCCUUUUCCAAUGAACUGGUUCUUAAAAGAUUGGAAUCUUGGUCCUCAGUUUUAUCACGCUGUUAAAAUUGGCAUCGUUCAAUAUAUGAUAGUGAAAAUGAUCUGUGCUCUAUUAGCUAUGAUCCUUGAAGCCUUUGGAGUUUAUGGAGAAGGAAAGUUCCAAUGGAACUACGGAUAUCCAUAUCUAGCUGUAGUCCUGAAUUUCAGUCAAACAUGGGCAUUGUAUUGCCUUGUACAGUUCUACGGUGUCAUCAAAGAUAAGCUAGCACCCAUCAAACCAUUAGCCAAGUUUUUGACAUUCAAGUCUAUUGUGUUCCUCACCUGGUGGCAAGGUAUCAUUGUUGCAUUCCUCUUCUCUAUGGGACUGUUCAAAGGGUCGUUAGCUAAGGAGCUCAAAACUCGAAUACAGGACUACAUCAUCUGUAUAGAGAUGGGUGUUGCUGCUGUGGUUCAUCUCUAUGUCUUUCCAGCAGCGCCAUACAAGCGUGGAGAAAGAUGUGUCCGGAACGUAGCAGUGAUGUCAGAUUAUGCUUCUAUAGACACACCACCUGACCCAGAAGAGGUUAAAGACAGUGAAAGAACAACUAGGAUGCGGUAUGGUAGACAUGAUGAGACAGAGAAACGUUUGAGUUUCCCACAGAGUGUGCGUGAUGUGGUGAUGGGGAGUGGUGAAAUCAUUGCGGAUGACAUGAGGUUCACAGUCUCCCACGUGGUGGAGCCUGUUGAGAGAGGAAUAGCUAAAGUGAACAGAACGUUCCAUCAGAUAUCUGAAAACGUGAAAAGAUUUGAGCAGAAGAAGAAGAAAACCAAGGAUGAUUCACAUGUGAUUCCAAUGAGUACAUGGAAUAAAGAAUUCUCAGAGGUUCAUGAAAACCUUUAUGAAGGUGGGAGUGUGAGUGAUAGUGGUGUAGGAGGCAGGAAGAGACAUCACCAGUCUAGAGUCUCAGGGUUGUGGAGUAGAAUGCGAAGGUAACAGAGCUAAACAACACCUAACACAGAGAGAAGUUGUAGAUUUUUAUGAGAUGAUGUGGUUCACACACUGAGGUAACAACAGCUUUGCUUCUAACUUGUUUUCUCUACUCUUUAUACAAGAAGUUAGAUUUGUAUUUCUUAAUGACAAUAUCCUUACACAAAAAAACUAAAUAAAAGUGUCAUGAUUAUAUUUGUGCAAAAAAUUUAACCAA